AUGACUGUUCAUUUAUCAAGUUUGGAUACUGAAGCGCGUAUUAUUCUCAAUGUAGGUGGUACUCGAUUUGAAACAUUUAAAUCCACGUUAAAAAAAUUACCUGCUACUCGAUUAUCAAAAUUAACUGAACAAUUAUCAUCGUAUGAUCCAAUAUUAAACGAAUACUUUUUUGAUCGACAUCCCGGUGUAUUUUCACAAGUAUUAAAUUAUUAUCGUACGGGUAAAUUACAUUAUCCUACUAAUGUUUGUGGUCCUCUAUUUGAAGAUGAAUUAUCUUAUUGGGGUUUACAGCGAGAAGAUGUUGAACCAUGUUGUUGGAUGACGUAUACUAAACAUCGUAGUACACAAGAAACAUUGCAAAUAUUAGAUAGUUUAGAAUUAGAUACGUUAAGAUCAUCAAAAGACGAUAUAGUAAAAAAAUUUGGAUGGGAAGAUAAUCUCGAUUAUGUACAAGGACGUUUGCCAAAAUAUAAAAAAGUGAUGAUGAUUGUUUGGCAAAUAUUUGAAGAACCAAGAUCAUCAACAGUAGCCAAAGUGAUUACUGUGAUAUCGAUAUUUUUUAUUCUUGUUUCAAUAUUAUCGUUUGUUUUACAAACAGUAUCGUUAUUUCGUAUAAUAGAAAUUGAUUUUGUUACUGUUUAUAUUAAUUCGACUUCUACUGAUCGUACACCAACUUUAAAUACUCAACAAGUUCAUCCAGCUUUUGAAGUGGUCGAAUGGAUAUGUAAUGCAUGGUUUAUCUUUGAAAUUCUUGUUCGAUUUAUUGUUAGUCCAAAUAAAAAAGAUUUUUGUAAAUCUGUAUUAAAUAUAAUCGAUUUUUUAGCUACAUUUUGGUUUUAUUGUACGUAUGCACUAUCAAAACUAAAUGUAAAUGAUAAUGAAGCGUUAGAUUUAUUAAGUACAAUUCGUAUAAUGCGUCUAUUUAAAUUAUUUAAUCAUCAUCCCGGUUUAAAAGUUAUUAUAACAUCGAUGCAAUAUUCUAGUAGUGUUUUAUGGUUAUUAAUAUUUUUUGUUCUUAUUGCUGUAGCUAUUUUUGCUUCACUCAUCUAUUAUGCUGAACGAAUGACAACAAAAAAAAGUGAUGAUAAUAUGUUUACUUCUAUACCCGAUGCUCUAUGGUUUAAUAUCAUAACAAUGUCAACAAUUGGUUAUGGUGAUCUUUAUCCAAAAACGAUGCUUGGCAUGAUCGUCGGAGCCGUAUCGACAGUAGCUGGUCUUCUAAUUAUUGAUUUACCAAUGCCAAUUAUUUUAGAAACAUUUGCCAAUUUUUAUACACAUUUGAGAGCGAGAUCAAAAUUACCAAAAACAAGACGAAAAAUUGGUCCCGUUGAACAACCAAGACGGAAACAAAUUGGUUCAACGUUAACUGGAGGAGGUCAGGGAGGACAAUUACCACACAAUCCAUCACAUCAGAAUUUAAAAAUGAUUGCACAAAGUGCAAAAAGUUCAGUAUUUACGGCAAAAACAAUGAUUAAUAAUAAUAUUUUAUCCUCUGUUGCUUAA